AUGACUUUGGCCGACUCGUUCGCCGCUGCCUUGGGGCCGCUGCGUCUUGCCCACGUCCUCGGCGCCGUCGCGCUGUCGUGGGCGGGCAUGGCGAGGGCCCAAGACAAGACGGCCGGCGAUUACUUUGUCCAUUCGCUGCCGGGAGCACCGGAGGGCCCCCUGUUGAAGAUGCAUGCUGGACACAUCGAGGUAACCCCUGAACACAAUGGCAACCUGUUCUUCUGGCACUUUCAGAACAAGCACAUCGCCAACAAGCAGCGCACCGUCAUCUGGCUCAAUGGAGGCCCGGGCUGCAGUUCCGAAGAUGGCGCGUUGAUGGAGAUUGGGCCUUAUCGCCUCAAGGACGACCACACCCUCGUUUACAACGAAGGAGCCUGGAACGAGUUCGCCAACGUCAUGUUCGUCGACAACCCCGUCGGCACCGGCUUCAGCUACGCCGACACCGACAGCUACCUGCACGAGCUGGACGAGAUGGCCGACCAGUUCAUCAUCUUUUUGGAGAAGUGGUUCAGCCUCUUCCCGGAGUAUGUACAUGAUGAUCUCUACCUUGCUGGCGAAUCCUACGCCGGCCAACACAUCCCCUAUAUCGCGAAGCACAUCUUGGAACGAAACAAGAAGCAGGGCGCCAAGUACAAGUGGCAGCUCAAGGGCCUCCUCAUCGGCAACGGCUGGAUCUCGCCCCAAGACCAAUAUGGAGCCUACUUGGACUUUGCGUACAAGAAGGGUCUCAUCGAGAAGGGAAGCGACACCUCGGGCAAGCUCGAGGUCUCGCGCCGCAUCUGCUACAAGGAUCUUUCGGCUGGCGGCGAGGUCAUCGACGUCUCGUCCUGCGAAGGCAUCCUCCAGGACCUCCUGAAGUUUACUACGACGACCAAGAGCGACGGAACGACCAAGGAGUGCUACAACAUGUACGACGUCCGCCUGAAGGACGUCUUCCCCAGCUGCGGCAUGAACUGGCCCCCAGACCUGACCUCGGUCACGCCGUACCUCCGCCGCAACGACGUCGUCCAGGCCCUGCACGUCAACCCCAACAAGAACACCGGCUGGACCGAGUGCAACGGCCUGGUCAGCUCGCAGUUCCGCGCCAAGAACUCCAAGCCGGCCAUCGCCUUCCUGCCCGAGAUCCUCUCCCAGGUGCCCGUGCUGCUCUUCUCGGGCGCCGAGGACCUCAUCUGCAACCACCUGGGCACCGAGGCCCUCAUCUCCAAGAUGGAGUGGAACGGCGGCAAGGGCUUCGAGCUGACGCCCGGCAACUGGGCCCCGCGCCGCGAGUGGACCUUCGAGGGCGAGGACGCGGGCUUCUGGCAGGAGGCGCGCAACCUGACGUACGUGCUCUUCAACAACGCGUCGCACAUGGUGCCCUUCGACUUCCCGCGGCGCUCGCGCGACAUGCUCGACCGCUUCAUGGGCGUCGACAUCAGCAGCAUCGGCGGCACGCCCAUGGACUCGCGGCUCGACGGCGAGAAGGGCCCCGAGACGACGGUCGGCGGCGCCGCGGGCAACAGCUCGGCGGCGCAGCAGCAGGAGGAGAAGGCCCGGCUCGACGCGGCCAAGUGGGCCGCCUACCGGCGCAGCGGCGGGCUCGUGCUCGUCAUCGUCGCCGCGCUGGCGGCCGUCUGGGCCUGGUUCGUCUGGAGGGGCCGGCGGCGGCGGGCGGGCUACCGCGGGCUCGCGGGCGGGGAGCCCGGCGGCGGCGGCGCGUCGGCGUCGUCGGUCGGGCUCGGGCUCGAGGGCUUCCGGAACAAGAGGGCGGCUGGCCGGGGUGGGAGGCGGGGAGGGGGUGACGACGUCGAGGCGGGCGACUUUGACGAGAGCGAGCUGGAUGAUCUGCACGUCGCCUCGCCUGCGGAGGAUCAUCACCCCCACCACCGGAAGCCGCAGCCCGAGGCGAGGUAUGCUGUCGGCGGGGACAGCGAGGACGAGGACGAUGUCAUGGGUGCUGCUUCGAAGGAGGUUGGUAGCAGCAAGGCGAAUGGCAGGUGA